GGUUCCUGUGCCUGCGGUCAGCCCAGGCCAUCCCUUUCCUGGCGGGUGUCCUCACCCUUGGCGUGGUGCAUCACACCCUGACCGUCAAGGGCAGCCACCUGGCCAGCCACAAUGCCUUGACUGAGUCCAAGUCCUGGAGCAAAGUGUGGGCUGUCUUCUUCAUUGAGCUCUGCUCAGCUUUCACAGUCGAGCAGGCCACCUACAACCAUGUGAAGAUCCACCACGGCUACACCAACGUCAUUGGCCUGGGGGACUCCAGCACGUGGAAACUUCCCUUCCUGAACCGCUACGUCUACAUGUUCAUCGCUCCUCUGGCAGUGCCCAUCCUAACCCCGCUGGUUGCUCUUGAUUUAUUGAGGAAUGUGGAGUGGAAGGCAGCUCUCCGGACCCUCUGUUGCAUGUUUCUGGGGUUUUACUGCCAUUACUGGCUCCUGCUCCACGUCUCGGGCUUCCAGUCGCCGUGGUCUGCCCUGCUCUGCAUGCUGGUCACCCGCUCCCUCCUGGCCCAUCCCUACAUCCAUGUCAACAUCUUCCAGCACAUCGGCCUCCCCAUGUUCGCCGCCGACCGCAAACCCCGGCGCAUCCACCUCAUGAGCCUGGGCGUCCUCAACCUGCCCCGCAACCCCCUCCUGGACUGGUCCUUCGGCCACUCGCUCAUCAGCUGCCACGUGGAGCAUCACCUCUUCCCCAGCCUCUCUGACAACAUGUGCCUGAAGAUCAAACCCAUCGUGUCUCAGUACCUGAAGCAGAAGAAGCUGCCCUACAACGAGGACACGUACAGCUCCAGGCUCUGGCUCUUCCUGCAGAGAUACGAGGAGCUGAUGGUCCAUGCUCCCCCCAUAACGGAGCUGGUGGGCAUCCAGUGAGGCCCUGGGGGCUGUUUCCCUGCAGGGACAUUCAGAGGGAUGGUUCCAGCAGGACCAACACCUCCAUGAAGUCACCGUGUAGGAAACAUCCCUCCCUGAAGUUUUGCUUUUGGCUAGAAAAUGGUGCACAGAGCCACUGCAGGGGAAGAGCCUGGUGGGGCAGCACCAGGGACAGAAAAAUCAGGAUUCCCCACAGUUGUUCCCAGUUUAUCCACUCUGCUCUCACACCUGGGGAGAGGAAAGCACCCCAUCCGUGGGGGAUGUGGCACCAGUCCAGGACAUCCAGAAGUGAGAAGCAGCAGGAUCUGCAGGAUGGAGCUGCAGCUGUUUGGUUGGGGUCUCAGGGAAGGGGUGGAUGUGGAGAUGGGGCUGUGACGCUGCUGCUUGUGCUUUGCCUGACUUUGGGCUAAAUCGGCCCCUUCUAGGAACAAAGAUUUGUUUCAAAGAUUUGUUUCAAAGAUAAGUUUAGCCUUAA